UCAAAAGUCAAAAAAGGUGAUUAGUGCGUAUUUUGUGCAGCGAAGCCGCUUCUAAAAAGAAAGAUUUUUUAAAUAUCAAUUUAACUUUGUUCUUACAUGCUAUCAAUAAGAAACAAACUCAUUAAAAACAUCCAGACAAUUUGUUCAUCAAACUGGGCUUCACAAAAUAAAAUGAAAUUUCUUAAUCAAACCGAAGCAACCAAUAUUGAUUUGGAACUUUUCAAUGAGUACAAAUUCAGCGUUGAUCAACUUAUGGAAUUAGCUGGCUUAAGCUGUGCUCAUGCCAUUGCUAAAUGUUUUCCAGCAGAGAGUUUUAAGUCUGUCCUAGUUUGUUGUGGGCCCGGAAAUAAUGGUGGUGAUGGUCUAGUUUGUGCUAGACACUUAUUUCUAAUGAAUUUCCAUCCAACAAUUUACUAUCCAAAGCGAACAGCCAAGGAAUUGUAUGAGAAUCUAACUCAUCAAUGUACUCGUAUGGGCAUUGAAUUCAUCGAAGAAUGUCCAAGUCCUCAAGAAGCUUCAGAAAAAUACAAUUUACUAGUUGAUGCUUUGUUUGGAUUUAGUUUUAAACCUCCGGUUAGGGAGAGUUUUGUGCCAAUUCUAAAUGUGAUGACUUCCAAGAAGGUUCCUAUUGCAAGCAUUGAUAUACCAAGCGGAUGGGAUGUUGAAAAGGGCAAGAUCGAUGAAUGUUCAAUUGAACCACAUUUGCUGAUAUCGUUGACGGCUCCCAAAAUGUGUGCUAAUCAUUUCAAUGGGGAGCAUCAUUAUUUAGGAGGACGUUUUGUACCAAAACCUUUGCAGGAUAAAUAUAAACUUGAUUUACCUGAGUAUCCUGGAACGGAAACUUGUGUUAAACUUUAAUUUUGAAAUUUCUUUUCAACAAUAAAAAUUCGUCAAUUAUUAGAGGCGAACGUUUUGAAUCAA